AUGACAGUUUCUUACACCCUUGAAGUGGCCGAUGCACGAUUUUGUGGCUUCUCCAAGCUCCUGUUUAGGUGGAAGGGAAGCAUCUACAGGCUGCUUUACAAAGAAGUUCUGGUGUUCUGUGGGGUUUAUCUGUUUUUCAGUGUGUUUUACAGGUUCAUCCUCACACCAAAGCAGCAGGAUCUGUUUGAGCGUAUCGCCCUUUACUGUGACCAGUUCACCAACACCAACUUCAUCCCAGUUUUGUUUGUACUGGGUUUUUAUGUGACUCUGGCCUUUAACCGAUGGUGGGGUCAGUACACCAGCUUCCCACUGCCUGAUAAUCUAAUGAUGGUGGUGUCCGGGAACGUCCACGGGACAGACGAGAGGGGUCGUCUGCUGCGACGAACACUCAUGAGAUACGCCAACUUAUCUUCAGUUCUUAUCCUCCGCUCCAUCAGCACAAGAGUUCACAAGCGUUUCCCAACUUUGGAGCACAUAGUGGAGGCUGGAUUUAUGACUACACACGAGCUGAAAAGGUUUGAGUCGCUACACUCUGAUUUCAACAAGUACUGGAUGCCUUUGACUUGGUUCUCAAACCUGGCGUCCACAGCGAGAGAGGAGGGUCGAGUGAGGGACGACAUUGCCUUAGGAUUGCUGAUGGAUGAGCUGAAUAAGUACAGAGGCAAGUGCAGCCUCCUGUUUCACUAUGACUGGAUAAGCAUCCCUCUGGUCUACACCCAGGUAGUUACUUUAUCAGUUUACUCUUAUUUUGCCUUCUGUGUGAUUGGCCGACAAUUUCUGAACCCUGAGAAAGGAUACAAGGAUCACAAACUGGACCUGUACGUCCCUGUUUUCACCCUGCUGCAGUUCUUCUUCUACACUGGCUGGCUCAAGGUGGGGGAGCUGAUCAUCAACCCAUUCGGCGAGGACGAUGACGACUUUGAAACCAACCAGCUGAUUGACAGAAACAUUCAGGUGUCAAUGCUGGCUGUAGAUGAUAUGUACCAGAACCUGGCUCCAAUUGUAAAAGACAAGCACUGGGCGCAGAGACAUUUCUCCAUCCCUUACACUGUGUCGACAGCAGCAGAGACUCUCAAACCGGCCUUCAAAGGCUCCACUUUUGACAUGAGAAUGAGCGCAGAGGAUCUUGAGAUUCACCAGCCUGCAGACACUCCUGGAAAGAAACAGUAUAUACCUCUUAAGGGCUCUUUGGGCGCUGGGCUCGAUAGUCCUCUGCAGAGGGGCAAUGGUAUCCUGCGAGGUGGGAGCCUCCCCUCUCUGAUGGAUGUCUUAUCACACCCAAACAAGAAUGAUGCUGAUGCUUCCCCUGAGGGCGACAUCAACACCACCAACCACAAAGAACAAGAAAUGGCAUUGAUUAAAGUUGCAGUGGAACACAACUAG